GUUCUGCACGAAACGUCAACUGUUUGAAUGAGACAAGCGCAAUAGUGACACGGACGCCCUCCUUGUAACAACCGAGUCGAACCGAAGCUGCGCAUGCGCCACUUCUAACCGUUAGCAACGUGUGUAGUAUUCAAGCUGAUUCAACCUGGCCAACUCGUCGAAACAGUUACGUUAUUUUGCUGAAGUCGUUAAAAUGUUGAUGGUAUAUUUGUAACAAGAGGAGAAUUCAUCGAAAAUGGAUAACGACAGCACGGUGAUAUGCUCGGUGACUUUAGAAUGGGCGAAUGCACAAGGAGCCAAAAGGAAAGCCGUGCACAAGAAGGCAACCCUUCGACUCUGCCGCAACGAAUUCCGCCAGAUGAUCCUCGAGAUUGCCGCCGAAAAACUAGCACCAUUCAAGUUUCCACUCAAGAAUAUGUCCGUGCAUAAUAAAUUCAUGAACGAAGGUAAGACUUCCAUGAAGUUUCAGGAUCAAAAGUGUACCGUGUUCCUUUCAAACGCACCGCCUGGCCAGCUAACGACCUUUUUAAAGCUGCUAUUUGUGAAAAUGACCGGCGACAAGAAAACCAACACCGCCAAAGUGUCCCUGCGUGAACAACUGUUGACUAGUCAACCGAAAGUACUGGAUGAUAUCAGUCCAGUGACUGUUGCGGAUUUGAAACAUAUAAAAACAUCAAAAUCAACUGAUACUACACCUUCACCUUUGAGUAGAAAACGAAAGCUUCAAGAUGGGCACUCUCCUAGUCCAAAAAAAGCUUUCACAGUAAGUGAUCCAUUGAACGAUGAGCAGAAAGAAGUGCUGCAGGCUUGUCUAGGUGGGCAGAAUGUUUUCUUCACUGGGAGUGCAGGCACAGGUAAAAGUUACUUGCUGCGGAAGAUUAUUGGUGCUUUGCCUCCGGAUGUAACCACUGCAACAGCUUCCACUGGUGUGGCUGCUUGUCACAUUGGUGGGAUAACACUGCAUCAGUUUGCUGGCAUUGGCAGUGGUGAAGCUACACUUGAUAGGUCCUAUCAAAUGGCUUCAAAACCAUCUGUUGCUUCAAUUUGGAGAAAAUGCAAACAUUUGAUCAUUGAUGAAAUAUCCAUGGUGGAUGCAAACUUUUUUUAGAAAAUUGAAGCAGUCGCACGACAUGUAAGGAAAAACGACAAACCAUUCGGUGGUUUGCAGUUGAUUUUAUGCGGGGAUUUCCUACAGUUGCCUCCUGUGACAAAAUUCAAGCAGGAGAAGAAGUUUUGCUUCCAGUCAAAGGCUUGGAAUGAUUGCGUGCAGAGAGUGUUUGAGUUACGCAUUGUCCACCGCCAGAAAGACCCGGAAUUCGUCAGUAUUCUGAAUCAAAUCCGUGUUGGUGAUGUCCCGGAUUCAAUCAGCGAUCGCCUGCUUGCCACAUCCAAGCAACAAAUCGAACAGAACGGUAUUCUUGCAACUCGCUUGUGUUCACACAUGCAGGAUGCGAAUUUGAUCAACGAAAACAAGUUAAAUGAACUUAAAGGCGAGACUAGAGUCUUCAAAGCGCAGGACAGUGACCAGUACUCAAGCAAACAACUCGAUCAACAAACUCCGGUGCCAGCUGAGCUUAUUCUCAAGAUAAACGCGCAGGUCAUGCUUCUGAAAAACGUGAACAUUUCCAUGGGGCUUGUGAAUGGCGCACGUGGCGUUGUCGUCGGUUUCCGUGAGGGUUUACCACUCGUGCGUUUCCGUAACAAGAAAGAAUACCUCGCUAAACCUGAGAAAUGGACGAUGAAAACCGCCGGCGGUGCGACAAUUACACGUAAACAAGUACCGCUGAAACUUGCAUGGGCGUUUUCCAUCCACAAAUCGCAAGGACUCACACUCGACUGCGUUGAAAUGUCUUUAGCACGUGUGUUUGAAGCUGGGCAAGCUUACGUGGCGCUUUCACGUGCGCAAAGUUUAGAUACUCUGCGCGUGCUCGAUUUUAAAGCGUCGCAGGUCUGGGCCAAUCCGGAUGUGCUAGCGUUUCAUAAACGACUGCGAGCUGAAAUCGCGGAUGCAGCUAUUGUCAGCACAAUGAUUCCCUUAGGAAAAUCAAUGCCAUUACCUGCCAAAUCAGGCAGCAAGAGUGGUAUUACUCGCAAACCGAAAAAGUUACUGUUUUCAAGCAAACCGAUCGUUUCCAUCUCGUGAAAACCAUUGAAUACUCAAUUAUCUUAGUAUUAUUAAUGAAGUAAUCUGAUUUUAAACCAAUGACGGAUUUUUAGACCGAAUUAAUGUUGCAAUGCAAUCGAAGAGAGCAGAAAUUGUCGAAAUUCUUUAUUAUAUUGCAAGAUUUCAAGGUAUUAGCGCAUGCAUGACUGAAUAUUUCCUAAGAACACUCUCAUGACAGUACCAUAUUAAUUUUAUUUAAACCACUAGCAUUAAUACGUUAAUUCUUUCGUAUAUUUUUACAAUAUAAUAAAGAAUUGUCAAUUGACGCUGAUUUAUGUUUACUUGCAUGCAUGAUGAUGAUAAUUUUCUUUUAAAAUUCAAUCUUUACUCUGCUCGAUUACGCAAGGAAUCAACACUGAUAGAAAAAGAAUGAGGUUAGGUAUAAGGUAUGUGCAUUUAUUCUGAUCGCCUCUUUAACUGGUGACAUUUAUUUCCACCGGUGGAAUAAACCGCCAUAUAUGGUUCGUUAGACUCGCCACGUUGGCGGAAUCGGGCGCAGUUACCUGUAUGUCCAUUUUAUACUGACCUGGAGUGAAGAAGAGCACAUUGCACGCGUGCUGCGUCGAAUUCUGCGGCGCUAGUGUCGGCAAGAAUAUUCUAAACAAUAAAACGAUUAAUUUAUAAUACAUAUACGAAGCUGGAAUGAA